AUGGGAUUCCCAGAUAAAUGGUGUAGUUGGAUUAUGGGCAUUCUUAAGUCGGCUAAAUCUUCUGUGUUGGUUAACGCGGCUCCCACUUUUCAAUUUAAAUGCCAAAAAGGUAUCAGGCAAGGUGACCCUCUUUCUCCGUUUCUUUUUUUGGUUGUUAUGGAAGCUCUUUCAUGUAUGAUUUCUUUAGCUAAGGAAGCCGGGAUUAUUAAAGGGAUUUCCACGGGUAAUAACGGACCGGUUAUUAUUCACCUCUUAUACGUGGACGACGCCAUAGUGGUGGGGGAGUGGACCAAGGAGGAAGUGGUGAACGUGGUGAGAAUUCUUCGGUGUUUUUUUCUUUGUUCUGGGUUAAAAAUAAACAUUGAUAAAUCUAAUCUUUACGGAAUUGGUGUGGAUUUGGAGGAAACCGGGGUUAUGGCUAAUGAGGUUGGAUGUAAACCGGAAGUCCCUCCUUUUAAGUAUCUUGGUCUUAAGUGGGUGCAAAUAUGA